AUGCAAGCGGAGAAGAGAGCGGGUCCGCCGUCGCCUGAGAGCGAGUCUCAAGAGAGUAAAAAGAUUAAGGUCGAGGAAGAAAAGAAGGUGCUGGGAGUCACUGAAGACCAGGUCGGAAUCACCGAGUUCAUCAGUUCGGAUAUUGCUGGUUUUAGGGGGAUUUUGAAACAGAGAUAUACCGAUUUCCUUGUCAAUGAGAUCGAUCUUUCUGGAAAUGUGGUUCAUUUGACCGAUGUCGGUUUGGUAGAUAAAAAGGAGGCCAGACGCCAGAGGAGAGCUGACACCGCUGGUGACAAUGCUGAUGGUGCUGCUGCUGUUGGAACCGAUUCUACUGGUUCGGAUGAGAAGAAGACUGGCGAGACUGCUAUUGCAACAACUGGUGGUGAGAUCAAAACUGAAGUUGUUGCUGAUGCUGCUACUCCUGCCUCUGCUGGAUUAAAUGAAAAGGCCAAAAAAUUGCCCGAGAUAACUGAUGAACAGAGAGAGAGACUUGUUUCGCUUUUGGGUCAAGAAUUCGUUGACAAAAUCUUCACUCUUUUCAAUACAGGGUUAAAGAUUAUCAGUGAAAAGACAAUUGAUGAUAAGGAGGAGAGAACCUCGGUUCAUCAGUUACUCCGUGAAGCAUUCAAUUCCAGACUCGAAUCUCGAACAACUCCAGAAAACCAAUUCAUUAUUACUCUUGCAAAUAAUAAUACCCGAACUCCUAGGUCCAAGCUGGACAAAUCGUCCAUGGGAUCACACAGUGCGUACCUUCAUUUUGUGAUAUACAAGGAGAAUAAAGAGACAAUGGAGGUAGCCAAUCUGAUAUCCAAAUUCCUGCGAAUCCCUCCUAAGAGCAUCACAUAUGCUGGUACCAAAGAUAGACGAGGAGUUACCGUACAGAGAGCAUGUGUAUCCAAGAUCAGUGUUGAGCGUGUUAACGGUCUUAACAAGGCUCUGAGGGGCAUCAAGCUCGGUUCUUUUAAGUAUGAAUCUGGACACUUGAGACUGGGUGAUUUGAAAGGUAAUGAGUUUUAUAUCACCCUCCGUGAGGUUGAAGCUCUUGGUACUGAGAGUAUUGAAGAUAUCGUCACAAAGUCGCUGACGUCGUUACGGGAUAAUGGAUUUAUCAACUAUUUUGGAAUGCAAAGGUUUGGAACUUUUUCCAUUUCUACCCACACUGUUGGUAAAUAUGUUCUCAAUGCUGAUUGGAAGAAAGUAGUUGACCUGAUAUUGUCUCCACAGGAUCUGGUGUUACCCGAAAGUGUAGAAGCCAGAAAGGUAUGGCAAGAAACUGGAGAUGCCAAGAAGGCAUUGCCCUUGAUGCCUAAAAGAUGUGUAGCUGAGCAUGCUGUAUUGCGAUCGCUAGCCAAGGAUCCCAAAUCCUAUAUCAACGCAGUCUCUCAAAUCCCCCGCAACCUUCGUGUUAUGUACGCUCAUGCUUACCAGAGUUACAUAUGGAACCUCGUCGCCAGUGAGCGACUGAAAAGAUAUGGCCUGAAAAUUGUGCCUGGCGAUUUAGUUGUCGACGACUCAAACAAUAACGGCAACGACAAGAAAGAUUCUAGCCAGGAUGUUGAUGAAGUAUCAGAGACUGAAGAAUACGUUCGUGCUCGUGUUGUCACCGAAGAAGAAAUCGCUUCUGGAACCAAAACUAUUUACGAUGUGGUGCUUCCCACUCCUGGUUUCGACGUCGAGUACCCAGGCAACGAUCUGAGAGAUGUAUACCGAACUGUCAUGGAAAGCGAUGGAAUCGAUUUCCUCAACAUGCGACGGAACAUCAAAGAGUUCUCGCUCGCCGGCAAUUAUAGACAGGUGGUAAUCCGACCCGGUAACGUCGAAUGGUGGUGUAAAAAGUACGAGGCCAGCACCGAUCAGUUUGUCAAAACUGAUUUGGAGCUCCUCAACGAAAGUCUCGGAGAAGAUGCUCGUGUCAGCAGCGAGCCCGGAACCGGAUCAAAGACAGCACUCGUCAUCAAACUCCAACUCGGCCCGUCGCAAUACGCUACAAUGGCUCUCAGAGAAGUCAUGAAAAUCGACACCAGUCGUCGUGGAGACGGACUGGACGUCAAAAACGAGACGAAUCCCACCGCCAACAAAUAA